AUGAAUUCCCAACUUUCAAAAACAGAUUCAAGUUUUAUAGAGGCUAAACGUCGCGAGUUAAAAGAAUUUUUCAAAGAUGGCAAAUUUCCGCAGAACGUUAUUAAUAAUGUUAUAGAAAAUGAGUUAAAACCCCUUAUUGAAGAUAAAUACGAGGUUGUCCCUUAUAUUGCUGCAUCGGGUUCUGGAGAUGUAAAAUCCGAAUAUGAGGUGAUGUCAGGUCAACCUUUUACGGAAAUCGCUGAUUAUAACAAACCUUUAAAUUCCGCAGAAGUAAAGGAAAUGAUAAAAGACAAUCCAAUAAUAGCAGAAAAAGCACGUCAAAUACAAAUAACAACUAACCGUGAAGGACGAGCAAAAAGUAAUAUAAUUCCGUAUGAUCAAAUAAACAUGGAUACGUUUGACGAAAUGACUCAAGAGCUCCAUGAAGCCGAUGGUGAUACAGACAAAGUAAAAAAAAUAAAAUAUAAGAAUAUGCAGGCAUUGGUCAACUCUGUUGACAAAUUUGCAGCAAGAGAAAUUAUUAAAGAUUCUGUUGACGAAGAAAGUGGAACUGAAAGUCAAGAAUCCAGUAGUGAUGAGAGAGAAUUCCAAUCAAUAGAUAAAGUCGUAUCGGAAUUAACAAAUAAAUCACAUGAGACUCGCUUUAAUGAAACAAAAGAUAUGCUAAAAAAAUUGGCGGAUAAAUAUGAUGAUCCGAAUCAAACAGAAAGUCAAGAUCGGUCUAGGAAACUGAUCAUUACAGAGGAUCCAAUAUUAAAAGCAUCUUCAUCUCAAGUUAUCAAAGGUGUAAUAAGACGUUCAGCAAUUGAUGAAAUCAAAGAGAAUUACAAAAUCAAUGAAACAAUGAAUAUUUCUCUGCUUGGUAAUCCAGUAAAACUGGACCUUAGAUCAAUAGAAUUAAAGCAAGAACCAAAUGCAAAAACUUUACCCGAAGACGAGGUAAUAAACGUGGAAGAGGUUUUUCCUAAGACUUUUGAAGCAAAAAUAAAACAUACCGAAAAGGCACUCAGAAACAUUAACUCUAUUUUAAGCACUAUUGAAGUUAGUGAAGAUAAAAAAAAUACAUGUGUUGAUGCAACAGAUCAAGACCUUAUAAGGAUAUCAAAUGAUAAUUGCAUCGAAUCAUUAACUAAAAAAAUUGAUAAUAAAGAGCAAAGUGAAGUUAAAUUUGAAGUGAAAAAGGAAGAGAUACUUCACAAUGGACUGGAAAAUUUGUAUGAAUCAGGAACCAAUGAUAACGUAGAAAAUAAACAAUUAGAAUUUAAAGAAAUGAAAAACCUAGCUCGCAAUAUCGUCGACGGAGCCGAGAACCUCAGCUUAUUGAUACGAGAAGACAUAACAAACAAACUAAACAGUAUGAAUGAACUGUUGAAUGAUGUGAAUGUUGCUCUAGAAAACUCUAGGAAAUCUAAUUUGGCUUAUCAAAAACUGAGAGAAGAAAGCGAACAGAGGAUAAAGAGUAAAGAAGACUAUGCAGUCAAAACUGAAUACACGGAGCUUGGUGAGAGCAGUACCAAAUGUUCUGUGACACAGUUAGACUUGAACGAUAUUCAUUCUGCUAUAAGCAGUCUUAAUACGGAAAUACACUGUCACGAGGACCGAAUAAAAAAGAGCAAAGCAAGCUGUGAAAUGAGAACGAAAGAGUGCCAGGAAUUUGUCAAAGAAAUAAAUAAUGUAUUACAAGUAUCACAUGAAGUAUUACACCCUAAGCCUAUCUCUUUCGCUUCUAAACAGGAUCUAACAUCUCAAGAAGAUACCACAAAAAAAUCUAGGAUACCUGAUGAUAGUACAAUCAAAACACGCAAAGAGUUAUGGGAUGUAGAAUUUGUUUACAAAGAUGAAAAAAAUAAAAAUAUGGCUGAUCAAAAACAACAAGAAUUAAAACGUACAGAGCGGAUUAAUGAUCUUUUGUUAAAUAUUAAAGAUAAAAUGAAAGAUAAUAAGGAAGUCUUGAAAAUAGCAAACAAUUUAUUACGAAGUGGGAAAAGUGAAAAAGUUACUGAAAAUUCAUGUAAAAUUAUAGAACUUCCAGCUGAUAAUGAUAUAAAGGCACAAGGGGACCAUGUCCGCAAAGAGGAAAAAAAUAAUGCCACUUCAAAAGUUUCCGAGGACCCGUUACUUCAAGAAGAUAAAAAAGAUCUCGAAAGCGCAAAAAAAGAAGACAAAGAAAAGCAAAAACAAACGGAGUUCAAAAUGAAAAUAGAAAAAGAAAAAGAAGAAGAAAAUAGAGGUCCACGAAUGACGAAGGAGUUUAUCCGCAAACUGUGCAGACAGCAUAAGCUUUACUGCACUCCAUAUCUUAACGACAUAUUGUAUUUGCAUUUCAAGGGUUUCUCAAGAAUCGAAAACCUUGAAGAGUAUACAGGCCUUAAAUGUAUAUUCUUAGAAAACAAUGGUAUUCAAAGAAUUGAAGGUUUAGAUACUUUGUCGGAGUUAAAGUGUCUAUACUUGCAUUAUAAUAUUGUACGUAAAAUAGAAAACCUGGACGGUUGUCCAAAGCUGGACACAUUGAAUUUGGAUCACAAUUUUGUAACAAAGAUUGAGAAUUUGGAUGCAGUCCCAGAUCUUCAUACCUUGAGUAUAGGCCAUAAUAUGUUAACUACUGUUGAUGAUCUGGAACACCUGAGAACUUGUAAAAAUCUCUCAGUUGUGGAUUUAUCAUAUAACCGGUUGGAAGAUCCUCUUAUAGUCGACGUUUUGGCUGAUAUGAGCAUAUUAAAAGUACUGGUACUAACGGGUAACCCAGUGGUCCGUAAUAUCCCUGCCUACCGUAAGACAUUAACACUGCGACUUAAAGAGUUGCUUAACUUAGACAACCGUCCAGUAUUCCCGCGGGACCGUGCUUGUGCUGAGGCGUGGCAGCGCGGCGGUGUUCAAGAGGAAAUUGCUGAGAGGCAGCGCUGGAUUGCCCGAGAUCAAGAGAAAGUAAUGGAGAGUGUGAGAUAUCUCAUGAAAAUGAAAGAAGAGAAUAGAGCUAAGAGAGAGGCGAGAGAGAGAGAAGCGACGGAGACACAAGGUCUUCCGCCAAAGGAUGAAGAAAAAGAAGCAGACGAAAAGACAACAGUGGAAGAAAAAGUAAUUGAAAUGAAAACCAAGGAUGGUGUCGCAGUAGACAUGCUAUCGGGGUCUGAGGCUGAAGAUAGCACUAGUGAAAGCUCUAGUGACAGUGAUGCUGAUAGUAAAGAAGAAACAUCGAAAAUCGAAUGGUCACAAAUCGAAAAAGGGAAGGUUUUAGUACAAGAGCUGAAAGAAGAGCGUCGUAGCGAACCAGAUGAAUAUUGGCCCGGCUUUGGAAAAACACCUUCUACGGUCAUGGGGGAUAUGCAAUUCUCAUCUGAUGCACAAUCAUUAAGUAGCUUACUCUUCAGUCAAGCAUCACACACGACAAAGAAAGCUAGUAAAGGGAUUAAAAAACCUAAUACAUCAGGCGUAAAAAUAAUCGAAGUACAUGAUGACGAGUCAUUAAAUUUGGAUACUCAGAAAAAACCAUUAAUAGAAGUCAUUAAAAAAAACAUAGCCGAUGAAGAUAUCCCGUUACAUGAAAAGGUGACAAGUAAUGUUACUGAAACGAAUACAGCAAUCAUAGACCAUGACAGAAAGUUAUUAACAGAAAAAUGUAGUGUUUCUAAGUCCAAAUUUUUAACUUCCGAAAAGAAAGUGAAUAAAAAAAUUACUAUUAAGGAAGUGCAAAAAGAAACACCGGGAUUGGAGGAAAAUAUGGUAGGAAAUGAUGGAAGUGAUGAAACUGUAAAUAAUACAGUAAAAGAAGAAACUGAUUAUGACGUACACGGUGUUGAAAGAAGACGGCGUGUCGAACAAAGUAAAGACGACGGUGUAGCCCUCAUUAAUUUUCUUGGGAACACUGACAUGGAGACAAACGAUGAGGCCUUGCACCCAAGUGCUGAGGACCUGGAGAUAUUCGCAGAAUUGGAGCAAGAACAGAUUGAGAGAGAUGCAAGAAUCGCACGGGGGGAACCCGCUGUUGAUCCUAUGAAACUUUACGAUAAGAAAAUAAUGGAUGAGUUCCACAAAAAUUUGGAGCGUGUGCCAGCGCAUCAGGUCACUGAGAAAAACUAUGUCACCACAUACCGAAAUGACAACGUGUACGACCGCAUCGCACUCAGCCAACUCACUAUGGGAGAGCAACCAGAUCCUAACAAGGUAAAGCUCACUCACGUUCCGGGAGCUGUUCUCUUUGAAUAUGUUGAGAAGCAGAAACCCAUCGAACUGCAAUAUGAGAUAGGAGAGGAACACUUCGAUUCCCCACCAUCAACAGAAGAAACGCAGUCUAUAAACAUAGAUAGUGAUUCAAACAGCGAGGAUAUCGACGUGGUACCAAAACAGGAAACGACAAAAACUAGACCAAAAACAGCAGCAAGUCGACGCAGUUUGAUGCAAAAAGAUGAUGGUGUUGUAACUAAAGACGUAGUUGAAGCCAGUGAACCAAGUACGUCUGGUGUGAACUCGGCAAGAGAUGAAGCUAAGCGGACAAUUAUUCAGACGAUCAAUUCAUGUGAUGAUGACAGGUUUCCCUCACAAGGAACAAAUUUCGCUGACAUGGAAGAAAACGCCCGUAUAGAGGACACAGUAGCCUCGGAGAUUUUGGAAAGAACUUUACAAUACGAGGAGGCAGAGCACUAUCGACAAUGCGGGAUCGUAACAUCACAUGCUGGGAAGGUGGAUAAUCGCACCAAUUCUAUCAUAGAGAGCAUCUCGGAACAGCUGGAUAACCAGUAUACGAUUCCGGAAGUAUCCCAAAUAGUUGAUGCACAUAUAGACUUGGCUGAGCAAAGAUGGCGUGCCGGCGAAUACGUCCAUUACAUUCCAAGUCCACCUGAAUCUAUAAUUGAUAACGUUAGUGACAAUGACACAACACUUGUACCAAGUAACGAGAGUUUGUUUGAAGACACUCUAACUGAAGAAAAUAAACAAGUAAUGGUAAAUAAUGAAGCAAAUGAUUCUGGCAUUGGGAACGAUAAACUUGAUGAUUCAAAGGCUCAUGAAGAAUUUUACGAACCUACAACAGAUGAAAUUCAGAUUCUUAAUCUUUCUGCAAGUGAGGAAGUCUUUGAAGAUUGUGUUGAUACUGAAACCAAGGGAUUCGAUAGAGUUGAUGAGAGCUAUAGUUUGGAGAUGAAGAUCGCUCUAGGUAUUGAUAAGAAGUAA